CAAUGCGCACGCGUGCCCUUUCACACCUUUGGGAUAUUGCGGACACGCCUCGUACCGAUUCGAGGUAAUACGGCUUGUGGCGCAAUCGACGGUACUAUGGCUACGGCCACGCAAAGAGCAGAGGAUGCAGAGGCGAAGGCGGGAAUGGGCGAGGUGUCGCUCGCGCAGAAGAUGAUGUCUGCCGUAUCGGGCAGCGUUCUCACCUCUCUACUAGUGACUCCCCUCGACGUCGUCCGUGUCCGUCUUCAAUCACAAGAAACUGUCUCGAAUACCUCCUCGUCACAGAUGCGCACCUACAAUGGAGCAACACUAGCACAAUUCCGCGACCUCCCUCCGAAUCUCGGUAUAUCAGCAUGCUGUAGAGAAGUCUUCUGGAUGAACAACAAAGCGCCGUUCUGUGUAGCAGGCCCAACCAUGGCGCCCAUCAACCCCGUGGAUCUCGGUUCGUGCGCAGUAGAAGAUGUGGAGCGAAGAACAAUCAACAGCACAUGGGACGGGCUGCGAAAGAUUGCACAGAACGAGGGCCUGAGUACAUUAUGGAGAGGCCUGUCACCGACUCUGGUCAUGGCGGUCCCCGCGAACGUUAUAUAUUUCGCUGGAUACGAUUGGUUACGGACAGCAGAAGCAUCGCCCAUGCGAAAGAGGAUACCCGAUGCGUACACCCCACUCGUGGCAGGAGCAACCGCCCGAGUACUUGCCGCGAUUGCCGUCAGCCCAAUCGAGAUGUUUAGAACGAGGAUGCAGGCAGCAAAUCAUACAGCCACGGCAGCGGGGCACUUUCGCGAGACCAUGGACGGGCUGCGAUCGAUGGUAGCCACACAGGGUGUAUUAAGUCUUUGGACAGGCCUGACCCUGACUCUCUGGCGAGACGUUCCCUUCUCAGCCAUUUAUUGGUGGGGCUAUGAGGCUACACGCGAUGUGUUGACAGACCAGCGCGGACGAGCUGAAGCAAGGAAUGACGGUAGCGAGUUCCGUGUGGGCCGUGGCGAGGAAAGAAUACAAAGGCGAAGCCGUUCAAGAAGCCAAGAGAACCACAGGGAUACACUUGUGGACAGCUUCGUUGCUGGAGCGGCCUCGGGCGCUGUUGCUGCGUUCGUCACGACACCCUUCGACGUAGGCAAGACGCGGCAGCAAGUGAUACGGCACAUGAGUGAGGCCGCGAAGGAUGUCGCAAGAUCGACGCGACCCGAGGAUCAGACCAUGCCGCGAUUCCUUAUGCACAUCUACCGCGAACAAGGCAUUCCCGGCCUAUUCAAGGGUUGGGCAGCUCGAUGUCUCAAGAUUGCCCCAGCGUGUGCGAUUAUGAUCAGCUGCUACGAGUUCAGCAAGAAAAUGGCACUUGAUAUGAAUGAACGACGAGAAAGAGAGCGAGCAUAAACGACAGCAACAGGUUUACCAAAUCGCCAAUUACCGAAAUGGUGCAUUGUACAGUCGCAACCACGUACUUUCAGUUACUUUUUUGCAUAGAGCGGUCUUUUGGCGUACAGAUGGCGAUUAUACUCAUGUCUGCAUGAAUGGCGUUUAAAGCAAAUAGCGAACGGCUGCUACUAGUUGGGUUUGAAAAAAAUUAGAUACCAGCGCGUACUUGGACGGCCUGCGCGUGUACUAUAGCAGAUAGUAUCAACAUGACUACUCGAUAUUACAAGCUCAACAAUAUAUGUUUGGCGUCCCUCAUUCCAAAUAUGGCCCUUAUAUUUGUAUACUUCCUCCAGGCAUCCAAGAUUAGUUCUAAGACGAUACAUAGAUCCUGUAGUUUAGAGUACGGCGUUAAGAGACAGC